AACCCCUAGCAGAAAACAAAUGCGUCGGCGUCUGAAGAAAACGACUCAAAAGGAUAUAUAUUAAUAUUAUUUCAAUUGUUUAAGUUUAUUUGGAGUGAUCUCUAAGAAAAAUGAGUGUUUUACAAGUUUUUUGAUUAAUCGAAUGAAACUCAAUUUGAGGCUCAAGUCAAUUGAAAGAAAAAAUCAGUCAAAAAAUCUUAAUGGAAAAAUAGGAUCAAUUUGGUGUGGAUAAUCGCAAAGGACUCGCGUGGUUUUGGAUUUAAUUCACAUACAAAUCAAAAUGUCCCAGGACGACGAUGUUGGUUUUUUGUAUAAAACUAUGAUUGAAAGAGAUCCCAAGAAGAGACGAGUUAAGCCCGUUGAAUCAGCACAGCAAUCAUUGUUAGAUUUUGAUUUAGGGGAGAGUUCAGAUGACAGUGAUUUUCGAAUAGAGGAUCAUUGUGAAGAGUCAGAUGAUGAUUCGGUUGAUUCAAAUGAUGGGGAGAAAGGAGGUGAAGAUGAUUCCGAAGAAUCUGACGAUUCAUUGGAGGAUCCUUUAUUGGGAAAGAAUAGUACCGGGAUGACUGUUGGUGAUGUUAUUGAGCAGGCACGUCAACAGGCAGCUAAAGGAGGUCCAAUUGAUGAGAAAUUGGCUAAAAUGCUCAUCUGUUGUGGUUGUCUUGGUGAUCGAAGUGACGAUAUUAAUGAAAUUGUUGAAUGCGACGGCUGUGGAAUAACUGUUCAUGAAGGUUGCUAUGGAGUUUCGGAUGUGGAGAGUUUUUCGAGUACAGAUUCUUUAUCACAAUCGGCACCCUGGUUUUGUGAGGCUUGUAGUGCUGGAAUUGAUGAUCCAUCAUGUGAAUUGUGUCCAAAUAAAGGUGGCAUUUUCAAAGAGACCGAUGUUGGUAAAUGGGUACAUUUGGUUUGUGCACUUUAUGUACCUGGUGUUGCUUUCGGUGAAGUCGAUCGUUUAGCGAGUGUCACACUAUUUGAAAUGGCUUACAGUAAAUGGGGAGCUAAGCAAUGUUCUCUUUGUGAGGAUUCACGAUUUGCUCGCACUGGCGUUUGCAUUGAAUGUGAUGCUGGAAUGUGUCACACUUAUUUCCAUGUUACUUGUGCUCAGAGAGAAGGACUUUUAUCGGAGGCACACAGCGAAGAAGUGGAUCAAGCGGAUCCUUUUUAUGCUCAUUGUAAAUUACAUUCAGAUAAAACACUCGUUCGUAGAAGAAGACGUAAUUGGCUUGCCUUGCAAUUACGAGCUCAGCAUCGUUAUCAAUUAUUGAAACAACCUGAACAUCAGGAUUCGGAAGAACAACGUAGAAUUCAACGAAAAUUAGCGAAACAUCGACACAAGUAUUUGGCACACAAAACUUCAAGACCAUCCGCAUGGGUUCCAACUCAAAAGAUGCCUCGACUUUUGACGACAUCUGCAUCAGCUUGUCGGCAAUUAACGCGAAAAGCUGAAUUAAUGGGAGUUGAUACAAGUGCUUUGGAAGCACAGGAAGCUCAAUUGGUUGCUUUAGUUGAUAUAAGAAAAAAAUGGCAUAUCCCACCUGCUUUCAGUGUUGAAUUCAUUGGCUAUUAUUUAGAUAGAAAUUUACGAGUCACUUCAAUGAAAAGAAGAUUGGAGGAAUUACUUGACAUUAAUUGUCAACUUCUCAAUGAACAACAGACACUUGAUAAAAAAUAUGAUGAAGUUAUGAAGGAAAAUGAAGAGCAAAUAAAGAAUAAUAUUUCAUUAAAGGAAAAAAUUGAAAUGUAUCAUCGAAUUUUAAGAACUGCUGGUUAUGUUAAACCCUUACCUAUGGUGUCCGAUAUAGCAAAGCCAAGAGCACCACCAACUCUAGGUAAUUUUUUUUCUUCUUUGUAUUUUUUUUCAAUCAAAAUAUUAUUAUUUUUUAAAUUUCUAGGUGUACCAACGGCAGCUGCUUUAAAAAUGGGUGUUGGUUUUCCACUUCCGGUUGGAAAAGGUGAUGGUGGCCGAGAGGGAAGAGUGCUUAGUAGUCAAGCUCAGGAUCAAAAUCAUAAAGGAGAAUUAACAUUGAGACAUCAAUGUGGAAUUUGUAGAAGAUCAACUAAUCAACAUCUUCUCGCAAAAUGUGAUACAUGUCAUCUUCAUUAUCAUCUUUCCUGUCUCAGUCCACCUUUGUCGCGGAUGCCGAAGAAAACAAAACUUAUGGGCUGGCAAUGUUCGGAAUGUGAUAAAGAAUCCUCAGGCUCGGAAAUCGAACGUGUUGAUACUUCAGCACCACGAAAAUUGCGACACUGCAAAGAUGAAGCUAAUCACACAGCACCACUACAAGAUUUAACAUCCUCCUUCGUACAAACUCCAACAACAUCUAAAUCUUUCGAGAAUAAUAUUGAUAAUACUCCUGAGACUCCCAUAGCUCCCAAGCUGACUAUAAAACAAAUGAAUCUUUAUCCAUUGGUGGAACCAAUGCAGGUAGAUGAAGUUAAUUACAAUCAUCAGAUUAAUAAUAUGACGGCAAGAGAGGGUUCUCCUGAGUAUAUGGUUGCAUCAGCCGAUGGUACCGAAUCAGUUUCUCAACGAAGUUUAAAAAAGCGAAGGAGAGAAAAACAUAAACGAUACACGCCUGAUCCAAUAACUGGAAUUAAACAAAGAAAACGAAAGCAUAAGAGAAAGAGUUUGGAUAUUGAAAAUCCAGAAGGACAAAGUCAUCCAGAAAUACAUAGAAGAAUAACAAUUAAGAUAAAACCAAUUCCACGUCCAGAAGGUGAUAUUGCUUCGGAUUCGAGUCCACAAAUGUUUAUUGCAACAUCAACGAGCACUGAAUUCACGCCAAAACCACCAUCGCCCAAAUUUCCUGCACCACUGCCUCCACCUCAAAUUGUGACGUCAACACCUGUUAAUACAACUGGUGCUACUGGACGAAUUUCAGGAAUAAAUAGAAAAAUAAAGGAAGCUGAUCUUCUUACUCAAUGCAAUGUUUGUGGCAAUCCUGGAACUACACAAAAUUUAGUCGUGUGUGAUGAAUGUAAGAAAUGUUAUCAUUUCACUUGUUUGGAUCCCCCGGUGAAAAAAUCACCAAAACGUCGAGGAUAUUCUUGGCACUGCGCUGAUUGUGAUCCAAGCGCAUCUGAAUCCGAGAAUUAGUAAAAAAGAAAAUAUAUAUAUAUAAAUAUAUUGAAAAAAUGCAUCUUACAACUAUUUAAUCAACUAAUGUAUGUAAGAUUACAUUUUAAAGAUGAAGUCAAUCGAACACAAUUUGCAAGUAUAAGGAUUUAAUUUUUUUUUUACACGUAAAAAUAAAAUUACGACACAGUAGAAAGCAAUUUUGUUUAGUGAUUCAAGAAAGUCUACAUUAUAUGUAGCAAUACAGAUUAAAAUCAAUUUUCAUAUUAUCGAAAUUCCUUCGAUCAUGCUUUUUUUAAUGUCGUAUAUUUUUACCAUAAAAUAUACUUCUUUGUGUAAGUGAUUUUUUUUAAGUUCUAUUCUCAAUAAAUUGAUUUACAAAAAGAA